UACUCUGAUUUUAUGAGAGCCAAAACAGAUUGGGUUCAAGAUGCAUUUCUCGAAAGACGUAAACGAAAAUCGGAAUCUGAAUGGACUGGUCAAUCUUCAACUUUAUCCUCAUGGUUUUCAAAAUUAUACGAAGCUGCUCAAACUUGGCUUGUACUUGCUCUAGUCGGUGCUGCAAUCGGUCUUAAUGCUGCCUUAAUCUCAAUUAUCACAGCUUGGUUAUCAGAUUUAAAAAUGGGAUAUUGUCGUCAAGGAUGGUGGUUAAAUCAAAAGUUUUGUUGCUUAGGUGCAACAGAAGAAGGAUGUCAAGAUUGGAUCACUUGGACUAGUUUUUUACCAAUUCGUUAUUUAGCUUAUGUAUUUUAUAGUAUCACGUUUGCUUAUUUUGCUGCUAAAUUAGUCGUCGCUUUUUCUUCUUCUGCUGCUGGUUCUGGUAUUUCUGAAAUCAAAUGUAUCUUAUCUGGUUUUAAUAAAUCAGGUUAUUUAAGUUUUGUUACCUUGGGUAUUAAAAGUAUUGCUUUACCUUUGGCUAUUGCUAGUGGUCUUAGUGUAGGAAAGGAAGGUCCAAGUGUACAUGUAGCUGCUAGUAUUGGUAGUGUUAUUGGUGGAACAUUUAAAAAGAUUGAUCGGAAUAGUCAUAAGAUGCGAGAGGUGGUAACAGCUGCUAGUGCGGCUGGAGUUGCUGUGGCUUUUGGUAGUCCAGUGGGUGGUGUCUUAUUUGCAUUUGAGGAAAUGACGGUCAACUUUCCUAUCAAGACAAUGUGGAAAAGUUUCUUCUGUGCACUGGUGGCUACCGUAACAUUAUCUGCCAUGAACCCAUUUCGUACAGGAAAGUUAGUACUCUUUCAAGUAUCAUAUGAUCGAGAUUGGCAUUUUUUCGAAAUCGGUUUUUUUAUCUUAAUCGGACUCUUCGGAGGACUUUAUGGAGCAUUUGUGAUUAAAUAUAAUUUACAAGUAGCUACUUUUCGAAAACAACAUCUCGGUAAUUCUGCCAUUUCAGAAGUCGUCAUCUUAGCUGGUAUAACCGCUUUGAUUGGUUAUUUUAAUAAGUUUUUAAGGAUCGAUAUGACUGAAAGUUUAGAUAUCUUGUUUAGAGAAUGUGAAGGUGGCGGUGAUUAUGAUGGACUUUGUCAAUCUUGGGCUCAGUGGCAAAUGGUCAAUUCUCUCUUACUAGCUACUGUUAUACGGACAUGCUUGGUAGUGCUUUCUUAUGGCUGUAGAGUACCAGCGGGUAUAUUUGUUCCUUCGAUGGCUGUAGGUGCCACAUUUGGUCGUAUGGUUGGGAUUCUUGUCAAGGCAUUGUACAUGUCGGUUCCUCAUUGGGCAAUCUUUGCUGCUUGCGAUCCCGAAAAACCUUGUAUCACUCCUGGCACUUAUGCUCUACUAGGUGCAGCAGCAGCUUUGGGAGGUAUUAUGAGGAUCACAGUGACAGUAGUUGUGAUCAUGUUUGAACUGACUGGGGCGUUAACUUAUAUCUUACCUACAAUGGCAAUCUUAAUGGUAACCAAAUCAGUUUCAGAUCAACUUGUAAAAGGUCAUGGAGGAAUUGCCGAUCAAAUGAUUCGAUUAAAUGGAUUUCCAUGUUUAGAAAAAGAAGAUCAUGUAUAUGGUACUGCAGUAGGCAAUAUAAUGACAGGAAAAUCACAUGGGGUAAGGAUCAUAAAUGUAGUAGAAUCUCCUGUAGAUUUGAUUGUAGAACGUGGGAUCUCGGGAUGGCCUAUUGUAAAAGGACGUGGCGAUUUACGGAUUGUGGGUUAUGUAGCAUCUGAUGCGUUAUUUGAAGCUGUAGAACGAAGUCAUGCAUCUUCUUUUGGACCAGACUGUUUAGUAACUUUAUGUAGAAACUCAACACUUGAUAAUCGAACUGAUUUAACUGAGAUUCGAACUAGAGAAAGGCUUGAUUUAACUUAUUUAGUUAACCCUUCACCUUUAAGAGUCAGCCCAAAACAACCAUUAGAAAUGGUGAUGAGUCUUUUUAAAAAAAUGGGACCUAAAACUAUUUUAAUUGAAUCUGGUGGUAAUUUAGUUGGAUUGGUUACAUUAAAAGAUGUUUUAAGAUUCGAAUAUGAAUCACAACAUUCACAUUUCAAUCAUAGUUCUGGUUUUGAUAAUCGAAAUGAAGGAUUAGAAGAAGUUUUAAAUGAUACUAAAAGUUUAGUUUGGGACGUUUUUAAUGGGAUUACUAGAUGGGUUAAAGGAUGA